CACCUUCGCUGUAUGGCCUGGUUUGAAAUAGGAGUGCUAGCCGUUGUAUAUGUGAUGAACCAUGUGAUGCCAUAAUUUUUAUAACCGACUCCUGUAAUGCAUGAUUUAACGUGGCAAUAUUGAGUAGCAACAAAUGGAGGAGGGACAGAGGGAGGGACAGAGCAGAGGGAGGGACGGAGGAACGGAGACGGCAGAUGCCCACCUGCGAGCUCCAUCAUCAACUCGACUGAGUUUGGUGAGCAAAGAGCAAGCACUAGCAGAUGCGCUGCAUGCAAAGCAUCAAGGAACAGCAAACGCUGGUACGGUCGUCGGUCGUCGGUCAAGUGCUGGACGGCACAACAACGGCACGCUGGGAACCAUGCUACUAUCGUACUUUCGGGCUCCGAAUCUCGGGUUUAAAUCAUUCCCCUUCAGUUCCCCAAGUCAUCCCUCACACCCACCAGCGCUUCGCCGACGAAAACCUCCCCCCGCCCCUUCGCACCUCCCUCGCCCUCAUCGAAGACGCAUGCGACUCCGUCGCCGCCUGCUUCGUCUCCACCCCUAAGGGGAUCUACAGGGGCCAGCUUGCCAGAGAGUUUCAUCAAGUGAUGGAUGUUAGGAAUCAGUAUCAUUUGCGUGCGGGAUUCGAGCGUCUGGAGAGGUUUCCGUGGUUGCUUGUGCCGGUGGGUGUGGUGGGGUUGAUGGGAGGAGGGCAGCUUGGAAAAAGAUAUCUAUCCCGACGGUCCUUGAGGAAAAUGAUGAGUGUUCAGAGAACGGAUGUCAUCACCACCCUCCAUGACCCUCGGGUUUGUGUUUGUGAAUCAAGACCGUGGCUUGUAAUUUAGGCGGGCGUAAUAUCCGUGCAACGCCAAAGCCCGCAAACAACGCCAACUCGGCAUGCAUGUGCAGAGGAGU